GAUGUUGUGUAAGUACAAAGUUGUGUUAACACGACAAAAUGGUGGACCAGCCCAUGUCGUCGGUUCGCCCGUGAUAAUCAUUAUAAUUCAUUUAUUCAUAUAUUCGUCCCUCGUACCCUCGUCCAAUGUCGUUGGUACACAGUUGAGCCGAUACUCGAUAGAAAAACGAUUGCUGGGAAAAAGAACGCAAGUGCCGAUCUCCGUCCGCCAAACGCGCCUGAACACUAAACGCGCGCCCACGAUUUUGGUUCGGUGACAUUCGAAAACGAUCGCCGUGAACACCCUUUCUAUGCACACACGUCAUUUCCAUGAAAUCUCCUAUGUCCGAUUGGGUUAAGAAAAAUGACAGUUUUAUCGUCAGCAGAGACAGCUGAACAGCCGCCACGCAAGAAGUUGUGUUUAUCAGCAUCCAGGCAACUACAAUCUAAAUCCUAUGCACUCUCCCAACUUAACCCGAUGGCAUCACCUCUUGACCAGCCUGUUAUCCGGCAUAUCAAGCAACAGCAACAACUGCAGCAGCAACAGCAGCAGCAGCAGCAAAUAAACUGUUCUUGUGACAACGAAAGCAAUGGGUCCCCUGGUGUGGCAACUUUAUGCAAUCUUGGUAACACCUGUUUUCUGAAUAGUGUCUUGUACACAUUGAGAUUUGCACCUUCAUUUUUGCACAAUCUUCAUCACCUUAUUACCGAGUUACAAGAGAUCACGGGGCGGUCAACAAACGGACUCAAAGGAAAAUGUUCGUCUCUGGGUAGAAGUACAAGCUCAGUUAGCAGCAAAAUGUGGAACUUUCAAUCAUCAUUAAAUGUUAGUAUGAAUGAUCUAAAAAUCAUACAAGUUACUGAACGUCUUCAUCAAGUAUUCGAAGCAUUACAUAAUUGUGAGCUCAAAGACAGUUCAGAUCCAUAUCAACCUGAAGUAUUUUUGCAAUCCUUAAGAGACGUCAAUCCAAUUUUUGAGGGAAACCAACAACAUGACGCCCAUGAACUACUCGUCUGCUUGUUAGAUAAUAUCAGAGAGGGAUGUAAAUUAGUCAUGCAGCAUUCUGCCCAAGUGAAUUGUUUUGUAGCACCUGCUCCAGUCAUUCAACCAGUUGCGCCUAAUAAAUUGAAAAAAUUUUCUGGACAAGUGCGGAAGUCUUUAAAAAUUGCAUCCAGUAGUAAAACACGACCAGUUAAUGGAAUUCUCCCGCCCAGUGUUAAUAUUGCUAGUGAUAAAGUGGUUUUACCUGAAAACGACAAUUUUGCUGAUGACAAACAAAUGUAUGUAGUAAAUGGAACUACAAAUGCAGUCCAAUCUGAUGAAAAUGAAAGCAUUCCUAAUGGCAGCAGUAGUAGCAGUACAUCAAUGUUUGAUGAUUUUCAAGGUGUAUCCCUACUUCGCACCACUUGUUUAGAAUGUGAAUUUGUUACAGAACGGAAAGAGAGUUUUUGUGACAUCUGUGUUCCUAUAAAUGGUUUAACUAAUGGAGACAUAUCACCUGAAAAUGAAUUCAACCCCUAUGAUUAUGACAGCGUAAACAAAUUGUACCAUUCUGCAAUAGUAACUGAAGAAUAUUUACAAGACACUGACAAAUAUUGGUGCGAACAGUGUUGUCGAUAUAAUGAAGCUAAACGAAGUGUUGGAUAUGAAAGUUUACCUCGACUGCUGACAUUACAUUUAAAACGAUUUUGCACCAACUAUAGAGCUGUUGUGUCAAAAGUAAAUGAACACAUGCCAACACCUUUAACAUUGGAGUGUUUUUGUGAAGAGUGUUUAUCUCUCAAUUCACAACAAAAAACUCGAGCGCAUAGUUACCAGCUGUAUGCUAUAAUAAUGCAUUUGGGUGCUACAAUUGCGUCUGGGCAUUAUGUCGCAUAUGUUAAGGCUCAGGACAACCUUGACGAGUAUAUCAAUUGUCCUCGUGAUCGACGCAAGACUGGAAGCCUUUCCGUCACACCCAAUGGUACUUUGCCAGCAAAUUAUAAAAAGUCAUCAAUAUCAAAUGGUCUUUUCCGAUUUCUAAAAAUAUCUUCAAAAACGUCAUCAUCUGGUGCUCCUAAUAGUCAGUCAAGUGAUUCAAUUGAUUCAGGAAAAGUUUCUUCGAUAGGACGGUGGUGCCGUAGUCUAGAAUGUUGUGGAGUAAGAAUAUUAGAUAAUUCAGAAGGUGGAGACAGUGUGUGGUUAGAGUGUGAUGAUGAAACAGUGAGAACAAUGUCGGUUGCACAAUUAACACAAAUUUUAGAAUCCAAAUCAUCCAAGAACUCAGCACUAACUCCAUACUUAUUAUUUUAUGUUAAAGUGAAUCACAGCGAAUAACUCAUAAUUUUUUAAUUCAUAUGAAUGAAUAAACCAUGGUAGUGUUCAUUUGGUGACAAAUAAUAAAUCAGAACUUCGAGUGUUGGCACCUUUACCAAAGACUAAUAUUUAAGUGCACAUUAUCACUACAACUUUUAAUGUUUCAAAGUUAAUUAAAUACAGAAUAUUUAAUUUUUUUUUAUUAUUAUGA